AUGACAAAAGCUCUUCGUAAGCGCCCUGACCAGACGACAGCUUUGGGUCCCACAAGCAAGCCUGCGUGCUCAGGGGUAGAGCGCCGAGCCCCGCAGGGCAGCGGGUCUCCAGAGAGCGGCACCCGGAACUCCCGGCGGCUCKACAGGACGUCCCUAAUCCCCGCCGAGUGGCGGACCCUUCUCAAGGGCAAGGGGAGCUCGCCAUGGGCUCCGGAGUGGGCCAGGCGGGCCCCGCCGCCCGCAUGGUCAGGGGAGGGGAACAAAGGGGCCAAGCCGGAGAGUAGGCAGCAGCCCGGCCGACCUCACCCGGCGCCGGGGUCCCGUUCCUCGCCCGCCGCUGGGCGUCCGGGAUCCCGGCCCCAGGCCCGACCAGGACCUCCCGACGGCCGGAAGCGCUCCCGCCUACCCUUACCGCAGACUCUUACCCUAGCUGGUCCUCCCAAACCGCUCCGGUCCAGCUCCAAGCAGGCCGCGGGCAGAGCCAGGCCCGGCCGCGGCCCUCGAGUUCCCAGGAAGCCGCAGGCCGCGCAGGUCGAGCCGGGCAGGCGGCACAGGAAAAGCCGCGUCUCGUCCCUCCCCUUCCUCCGCGGGGACCUGGUGACAGGGCGGGGAGAGGUUUCUCUGAGCCGCAGCAGCCAGAGCAGGUCCCGUCUCCGGCACGCGGCUCCUCAGGCCCUGCAAUUCAGAGGGAGGCCCGCGCAGUGCUGCCGGCGGCCGUGGCGGGGGGAGGCCGCGUCCAUCGCGAUCCGGGAGGGGGAAGGGUCGAGCGAGUGUCGGGCGGGGAAGCUGCUGAGGGCAGGCGAGCCCGGCGGAGGCGGAGCGAAUCUACCCAGCCGGUGGCUACCCCACGAGCGGCCACCUGGGGCGCUGCGGAGGCGCCAAUGGGAGCGCCGGGCGGCCGGACGCUCUCACCCCGCGGCCUCGGGCUGUCUACUAUGGCUCUCCUAUGGUCCGCCCUGGCACCCUUCUCGCUUCGCUGUCAAUAUGAGGGGACUGAGGCUCCAAGAAAGCGAGAAUUCAGGCCCGAUGUCGUCCCCAGUAAGCAGCAGCAAUGAGGUGGACUUUCGGCUCCAUUUCCUGUGGCUUGUGGUCACAAGGAUCAUGAAAUUUCCCCAGAGAGAGGACUGAAGGUAGCCUCAUUUCCCAGAAGUUG